AUGGCGGAUUUGUCCGACCCGGCCAUUAACGAGGCGUACCUCGACGUGCGUAACGAUAAAUCCGAGACCAACUGGCUGCUUUUGGACUAUGAGUCAGACCGUUCUGACAAGCUCGUCCUCACGAAAACCGGCACGGGCGGCCUUGCUGAGCUGAAGGAGGAGCUGGAGGACAGCAGGGCGUCAUACGCGUACGCUCGCGUGCGGUAUGCUAAUGACAAGGAGUCGCAGAGGGAGAAGUUCAUCCUCGUUGUGUGGAUCGGGCCCUCAUGCAAGGUUAUGCGGAAAGCGAAGAUCUCUGUGCACGCCGCAGACGUGAAGCAGGUCCUGCGCGUGUACUCCAUCGAGGUCGCAGCCCGGGAGAAGGACGACCUAAACGAAGAGCCAAUCGUCAAGCGGUUACGGAAGGCCGGAGGGGCGAGCUACGACGGCGUGUGA